AUGUACGCAGAUCGCAAUUCUACUCCUCCUGUACAACCGCAGUCGAAGACUCCGCAGCAGCCGCCGACAGAAGACUCUCCACCAUCACCGGCGUCUUCACCGUUGCAUACUAGGCCACACGAUGACCCUGAUAUAAAUGCAGAAAUUGUGGACGAUGAACUCCCUGAGGAGUUCCUACUUGCUCUGGGGACUGAAGGUCAGGAGCAGGCAGAAGUUGGAAACCCUAUCAGACCUGAAUUGGCCUCCCGCUGGACAAAAAUUAUGAAUGACGGCUUGGGUAAAGAGGCUAGAGAAGCAAUUGUGAAAAAAUACCCUCCACCAGCCAAUUUUUCUGCUGCAAUAGCACCGAUAAUUAAUUCAGAGAUUGCGUCUACACUCUCAGAUCCCUCGGUCAAAAGAGAUAAAAGGAUUAUGAUAAGACAGGGCUUAACAGAUUGUGCUGACAAGAUCAGAGCUGCACAAACAAUCCAGAAAACUUCAAAUACUAUUAAGAACCAUCCAGAGAAAGAAAAGAAGCAGCAGAAACAAACAGUUCAAGCAGUUAAACUGGAAGAGCCCACCACAAUACAGUCAGCAGAAUCAUCGGAUGCGUGGUGGGCAACAAUACCAUCAACCCCGGAAGCACUACAACCAGCCUCACCGGAAAGAGAGACACAGCUCCCACAAGCAGAGGUCCAGAUAUCACCGAUAGAACCUGAGGUACAUGCAGAGAUGUCCAUCCCCUACAUCGUCACCUUACCCUGGCUGCCGGGCUACUAUCGGCGAGGCGUACAGUAG